AUGGCCAUGGCGAAGCCGACCGUCGUGCUCCUGCCGGUCUGGGCAUCCGGGCAUUUCAUCGCUGCGCUCGAUGCCGGCAAGCGCCUCGUUGCCGCCCUCGGCACCGCCGACUUCUCCCUCACCGUCUUGGUCAUGCGGCCCCCGACGCCCGAGUCCGCGUCCCAGGUCGCCGCGCACGUUGCGCGCGGGGCCGCCGCUGCCGAGCCCAUCGGCUGCGAGGUGAGCUUCCAUCACCUCCCCGCGGUAGACCCGCCCACGGGCUGCACCAGCGUGGAGUAUUUCACCUCGCAGUACAUCCACCUCCACGCGCCGUACGUCAGGGCCGCCGUGGCCGCGCUGCCACUGCCCGCCGCCGCGCUCGUCUUCGAGUUCACGUCGACAACCAUGUUCGACGUCGCCCGGGAGCUCGGCGUCCCGGCGUACGUCUACUUCGCGUCGUCCGCCGCUAUGCUCGCCCUCAUGCUGCAGCUGCCGGCAAUCCACGACGUGAUGAUGCCAGAGGAGUUCGGGGAGAUGGAAGGCCAGCACGUGCACGUCCAAGGCUUGCCGCCGGUUCCGGCGUCGUGCAUGCCGGCGUCCGUGAUGAGUAGGAAGAGCCCGAGCUACGCGGACACCGUGUACCACGGCACGCGCCUCGCGGAGGCUGAUGGCAUCAUCGUCAACACCGCGGCGGAGCUCGAGCCGGCGGUGCUGGCAGCAAUCAACGACGGCCGGUGCACGGGUGGACGCCCCGCGCCGCCGGUAUACCCAAUCGGCCCGGUGAUCCCCUUGUCCGAUGCUACGAGUAGUGAUCACGAGUGCCUCAGGUGGCUCGACGGGCAACCACGGGCCUCUGUUGUGUUCCUCUGCUUCGGGAGCCUGGGGUUCCUGAACGCGGAGCAGGUGAGGGAAGCCGCUGCUGGCCUCGAGCGCAGCGGGCAGCGCUUCCUGUGGGUUCUUCGCUCGUCGCCGCCAGCCGCGGCGACGGCGUCUGCCCACCCGCUGGCCGAGCAUCUCCCACCAGGGUUCUUGGACCGGACAAAGGACCAGGGGCUCGUCUGGACGUCGUGGGCGCCGCAGAGGGAGGUCCUGGCCCAUCACGCCGUGGCCGGCUUCGUGACGCACUGCGGCUGGAACUCGGUGCUCGAGGCCUUGUGGUCGGGCGUGCCGAUGGCGCCGUGGCCGCUGUAUGCCGAGCAGCACCUCAACGCGUUCGAGCUCGUGGCCUCCAUGGGCGUCGCGGUCCGGAUGGACGUGGACAGGAAGAGGAGCAAUUUUGUGGAGGCAGGGGAGGUGGCGCGGGCCGUGAGGUGCCUCGUGAGCGGUGGCGACGAGGAAGGGGAGGGCAGGCGGGCGAGGGAGCGGUCCUCGGCGAUGAGGGACGCGUGCCGGAGUGCGGUGGCGCAAGGUGGGUCAUCGUUCGCUUCGUUGCACGGCGCUGCCGCGGCCGUGCGGCAUCGGUUGGAGGCGGGAGUGGACGGGAACAGCAAUUUUACAUGGUGGUGA